CUACUUUCGAACUGUUCACAUCAUUCGGCUAGAACCAAAUUUUGUGCAUAAAAGCAAAAACAAAAAUUGUCCCAAAAAAAUAAAAAUUGUAUUUAAAAUAAUUGUUUUGAAACGAAAUUGUAGAAACAACUUUGUGCGGCACAAAACAAUGGCAAACUUCUCAUUCUGGAAUGGACAACCUGUGAACGCACCCCUGUACCCUCAAGUGGGAGACAUGAUGCAGCCGAAUGCAUCCUGCUACAGCGGUGGACAGUGGCCCACCAUUGGCCACGACCAGGCGGCUCCCAUGCAGAGGCACAACCAGGCACAGGUCUCGCAUCAAGGUAGUUCCAUGAACCUUUACGGAGGAAGCGGCAUGCAUCCGCAGUCGCAGCAGUCGCAGCAGUCGCAGCAGCAGUAUCCUGGCAUGGGUGGAGCUUCAAUGGCGGGGCAGAGUCCCAUGUCCAUGCAGAGCAUGAUGGGCAUGGGAGACUACAGCUCCAUGAGUUCCCCCCUCACCUGUCCGGUACCGAACACCUUCUUUGAGCAGAACCAGGCCCAGGGAUCGUACGAGCCGUGCAUUGAGAACGGCGAGGCCUUCUGUGCCUACAACGGCAUGGACAUGGGCGGCAGCUACGGCGGCGGCAUGCAGGGACAGGGCAGCGGCAAAGGUGGCUUCUGGUAGAAGCCGGAAAAGCAAAACCAAAUUGUAA